AUGUCGACAAACCGCUUGGGCGUGUGACGUCAUCGACGUGCGCCGAGCUCUGCCUGCGACCAUAACAACGCCAGAUAACCCUCACUUUUAUCGAUAUCAGCGAUAGUGCGAUAUUGAUAGGAAUUUAUUCGCACAGCCUCAAAGGUCCUGCACACCUCGUCCCUGAGACCGACACACGACAUUUUUCAGUGUGCAGAUUAGAAAAGUGCAUCCACAGAAUUCCAUUUCCAAGAUCCAGCGUCUGCGCCUCGAUGGAGGAGUGCUGCUAGAAACCCAGAACGGGUGGAGAGGCUCCCGGGAGGAAUGGGGUAGAGUUCUCGAUGAGGGUCCCGGCAGCAAACAGCUCCGUUAGAGCAGAAUCAGGCGAGAUGCCUGAGAACGGACGCUCCAGGAGGAAACGGGUGCCGAAGACAUGCGACUGCUGCGGGCCCCACGGCAAGUCCCUCGCCCCGGGACACCAGCAGGUGUCCAAGAAACGCGGCCGCAGGAAGAAAGAGAUGCUGAGCCAAGAAGAAGAAGUGGCGGCGGAGGAGGAGGUGGUGAGCUCGGCGGCGGUGGACUCGGUGGUGACUUUGGAAGCGGACGCCGCUUCUGAGAUGGACGAGGCUCCGUCUCCUAAAGAGAAGCCAGAGCUUUCUCAGACUGAGAGAGGGAGUGAAAGCACCGUCCUGGUGAACGGCUUGGAGAACAGCGUUCCCAGCGACACCAGAGAGCUGAGCAGCUCUGCCACACACAAUGACUUGAUGAAAAAACCCCGCACAGAGCCGGAUGCAAUGGAAACCGCGAUGCCCGGUCUGAGCGCUUCCUGGGACCAUCACUACUGCAGACCACUCGCUGAGGAGCACAGGAGCGACUCCACGGAGGAGACGGGACAGCCGCCUGCACUGCCUCCGGUUGAGUUCACCACUGAGGGCAUCAUCGAGUGCAUUCAUGAAUUCCUCGAGCAGUUCUACGGGAAAUACGGAAGCUUCACUCCGUUGAGUGAGACCGACGUCCUCGAUCACCUAAAUAAGAUGUUCCAGUCUGAUCUAAAUGACAGGACAAAGCUGAUAACAAAAGAAGUGGCCAAGUACAGGGCUGGUCUGGCCUGUGCUCCUAUGCAUUUCUUCCAAGUGACCUACAACAAGCACACAUUGACCUUAGAUGACCUUUCAACACUUGAUGACCAAAACUGGGUCAAUGAUCAGGUGAUUAACAUGUAUGGAGAACUGAUCAUGGAAGCUACAAAUCAUAAGGUUCAUUUCUUCAACAGUUUUUUUUACCGACAGUUUGUAGCAAAAGGUUAUGAAGGAGUGAGACGAUGGACCAAAAAGGUUGAUCUGUUUUCUAAGACACUGAUCCUGAUUCCUCUGCACCUGGAGAUCCACUGGUCGCUCAUAACCGUGGACGUCUCCAAGCAAAGCAUCAACUUCUACGACUCCCAGGGCAUCCUGUUCAAGUUCGCUGUGGAUAACAUCCUGAAAUACAUCCUGGCAGAAGCCAAGGAGAAGAAACAAGCCGUCUUUCAGAAGGGCUGGAAGAUGGUCGUCAACAGGAACAUUCCACAGCAGAAGAACGACAAUGACUGUGGCGUUUUUGUCCUGGAGUACUGCAAGUGCCUGGCGUUCAUGAAGCCGCUGCUGUUCACUCAAGAGGACAUGCCACGCGUCCGCAAGAGGAUCUACAGAGAGCUGUGUGACUGCAGACUGUCCGGCUGUCUAAACCAAGACAAAGCCACAUAGACUCCAGACUCGUGGACUGGUGUCUGCACGACGAACACAGCGGGAGGGAAAGGACUUCACAUCAAGACAAAGAAAGCCAAAGCUGGAAGUUCCCAGUAUUUGAGCCUGUCCCAUCAUUCCUGUCGGUUUGCUGGAGUUGGUCAGGUCGCGUUUACCUCUUCGCAGUACAUCGGCUCAGACAUGCCUUUUUCCAGCCGAACUCUCAGAGAAACAAACGGAAGAGAUCUCAGCAAUGGAGACAUUUUUCUGUUUCUGGCAACCACAAAGAUUCAAAACCUCACAAGCGUGUGGAUUUUUUUUUUUUUUUUACGUAUUUAAAAUUUCAUUUAUAACAGCCAUAAGACGGAUUACGUGUUUCUAUCAGGUUUCUUUUUGUAAAGAGCAUAGUUGUUGCUUUGCAGCAUGAAACUUGAAGGACUUUGUAGCUUAUAAAUGUCACACCGUUGUUGAGGUGCAAGAAGCGUCAAUGAAUGUACUGUCAAACACCAGUAUACUUGUACAGUCCAGCUUGUCACUUGAAAGCAAAUUGUGUGGCGAUACUCUUAAAGUCCUGGACCAGAUUGCUUUGUUAACAUUUGAUCAUCCUCUAAAUAUGUUCCCAGAUGUUUCUAAUGAAAAAGCCGCAGGGUUGAUGCUUGAUAUCAGACUGCUUGCUGUAAACCUUCAGCAGUAUUUGCCAUUCUGCUGUUUUCUCACUUCUGAGCACUUUCUGUUGUUUUUCCUCGAAUGCAUCGGCGGUUAAAAUGGAUUUUGUAGCAAGUAGAUUUGUCGUUAAUUGAAGUCAGUUAAAGGUCAUUUUUAAAUGAGCACAGUGCGGUGGAAGCUGCAGGUUUCUGCCUUUUUAUUUAUACUCUUUUUUUUUUUUUUUUUUUUUUUUUUUUUUAAUGGUAAAGACUAAU